AUGGAGAUCGACCCCGUGGUGGAGGGACAUUCAGCGUCGUCGGAUGACUGGCGGCGCGCGUUGGCGCGGGUGGUGCCGGCGGUGGUGGUGCUGCGCGUGACGGUGGUGCGCGCGUUCGACACGGAGUCCGCCAAUUCCAGCUACGCCACCGGCUUCAUCGUCGACCGCCGCCGCGGCAUCAUCCUCACCAACCGCCAUGUCGUCAAACCCGGCCCGGUGGUGGCGGAGGCGAUGUUUCUGAACCGCGAGGAGGUGCCUGUGCACCCGAUCUACCGCGACCCCGUGCACGACUUCGGCUUCUUCCACUUCGACCCCGCCGCCGUUCAAUUCCUCGACUACCAAGACAUCCCGCUCGCGCCCGAGGCCGCCGCCGUGGGUCUCGAGAUCCGCGUCGUGGGCAACGACAGCGGCGAGAAGGUUUCUAUUCUCGCCGGGACCAUCGCGCGGCUGGAUCGCGACGCGCCUGUGUACAAAAAGGACGGGUAUAAUGAUUUUAACACGUUUUAUUUGCAAGCCGCGUCGGGCACCAAGGGCGGCUCGAGCGGGUCGCCCGUGAUCGACUCGCGCGGAUGCGCCGUGGCGCUGAAUGCGGGCAGCAAGUCGUCGAGCGCGAGCGCGUUCUUCCUUCCGCUGGACCGCGUGGUGCGCGCGCUGGGCGCCAUCCAGGCGUGCUUCGCGGAGAAGGAGGGCGGCGGGUUCGUCGUGCACAAGUGGCGCCCGCCCGUCGUCACCCGCGGCACCCUGCAGGUGACGUUAAUUCACAAGGGGUUUGACGAGACGCGCCGGCUGGGGCUGAGGCGAGAGACGGAGGCGGAGGUGAGGCGCGAGGCGGGGGCGGCGGAGACGGGGCUGCUGGUGGUGGACUCGCUCGUGCCGGGCGGCCCUGCUGAAGGCAGACUGGAGCCCGGCGACAUCCUCGUGCGCGUCAAUGGCAAGGUGCUCACGCAGUUCCUCGCACUGGAAGCCAUUCUCGACGAUGCUGUGGGCGGCACCGUAACUCUCGACGUGGAGCGAGGCGGCACCCCCCUCUCCCUCGCCCUCACAGUGCACGACCUGCACGCCGUCACGCCCAACCGCUUCCUCGAGCUCUCAGGGGGCGUGCUGCACGCGCUCUCCUACCAGCAGGCGCGCAACUUCCGCUUCCCUUGUGGCCUCGUCUACGUCGCCGAGCCCGGCUACAUGCUCUCGCGCGCCGGCGUCCCCCGCUUUGCCAUCAUUCAGAAGCUCGCAGACCAGGACGUGCCGGACUUGGACUCGUUCAUAAGGGUGUUUGCGCGGUUGGAGGCGGGGGCGAGGGUGCCGAUAGAGUAUGUGACGCAUGCAGAGAGGCACCGGCCCAAGUCGCCUGCUGCUGCUGCUGUGGAUGGAUCAGAGGCAUCAGCCAAGCCAGCUGGCACGAGCUCAUUGGUGGAGAGUGCACUGGAGCCCGCGUUUGUCAUGAUGGAGGUGCACGUGCCAUCGUCAGUGAUGGUGGACGGGGUGCACGCGCAGCAUUUCUUCGGCACGGCGCUCGUGGUGCACCACACGCCGCAGCUCGGCCUCAUCGUGGUGGACCGCAACACCGUCGCUGUCUCCGUCUCUGACAUCAUGCUCUCCUUCUCCGCCUACCCCGUUGAGGUCCCCGGGGAGGUGGUGUUCCUGCAUCCGGUUCACAACUUUGCCUUUGUAGCCUACGACCCAUCAGCGCUUGGAGCAGCAGCAGCAGCGGCAGUGAAACCCGCCACGCUCAAGCCCUCCCCUCCCUUACGCCGCGGCGACCGCGUGCACCUGGUGGGGCUCAGCCGCAGCCAGGCCGUCACGUCCCGGCAAUCCGUGGUCACCAACCCCACGGCCACGCUCACUGUGGGCGCCGCUGACUGCCCGCGUUAUCGAGCCAUUAAUAUGGACGUCGUGGAGAUUGACACCGACUUCGGGCAGUCCUUCUCGGGCGUGCUGUCAGACGACUCGGGCGCCGUGAGAGCCCUCUGGGGCUCCUUCUCCACCUUCCUGAAGUACGGGGAUGGUGGCACGGACGAUCUGCAGUUUGUGCGCGGGCUGCCCAUCUCCUUCAUCUCCUCCGCCCUCCACCAGAUCAUCCACGCCUCCCCCUCCAAGUCCCUCCGCCCCCUCCCAUCCACUGCGCCCACUCCCACACCCGCUCCCACCACUGUUCCCCAUGUCGAAAGCAACGGCCAGGCAGGGGAAGCAGGCAAGGGGACAGGAGAGGCAGAGGCGGAGGAAUCGGGUGGCAAGAACAGCGAGCAACAGCAGCAGCAGGAGGAGGCGGGGGCGGACAACAGCCUUUUGAUGAAUGGGCGGCUGUGGGCCAUGCCGCGCGUGCGCGUGCUAGAAGCAGAGCUGGCCCCCAUGCUGCUGUCCAAAGCACGCAGCUUCGGCCUUUCAGAGCAAUGGGUGCAUGUGCUGGCUAGUGCUGACCCCGUGAGGCGCCAGGUGCUGCGAGUGAAGGGCACCCUGGCGGGGUCUGCUGUGGCAGGCGUGCUGCAGCAGGGCGACAUGCUUCUCGCUGUCAAUGGCCGCCCCGUCACGUGCUUCGCUGAUGUGGAAGCCGCUUGCUGUGAGCUGGAUGCAGGGCUGGCGGCGGGGGAUGGGGGGAGCGGCGGGAGAGAGGGCGCCGGGAACGGGCAUGUGAGUGAAACAGGGGGCAGGGAGCCUACGGGAUCGGCGGCAGCAGGAGCAGAGAUGACUGCAGCGAAUGGUACAGCGGAGGUUGCAGUAGAGACACCAGGAACUGCAGGUGGGAAGGAGAAUGCAGGGAAGGCGGCAGCAGCAGGGGAGUCAGCAGGGGAGGGGGACCGGGCAUGCUUGAGUCUGACGAUACUGCGGCAGGGCAGGGAGCAGCGGGUGCAGGCGGGCACGGACGUGCGGCACGGGUUCGGCACGACGCGAGUGGUGAACUGGGCGGGGUGCCUCGUGCAGGACCCCCACCCCGCUGUGCGAGCCACCGGCUUCCUGCCCUCGCAGGGCCACGGUGCUUAUGUUGCCAGGUGGUGCCAUGGCAGCCCAGCACACCGCUACGGGCUGUACGCCCUCCAUUGGAUCGUGGAGAUCAACGGCCGACCCGUGCCGGACCUCGAUGCUCUGGUUGCCAUCAGCCAGGAGUUGGAGCACGGGGCGUUUGUGAGGGUGAAGGUGGUGCAUUUGAACGGCAAGCCACGGGUGCUGACGCUCAAGCAGGACCUGCACUACUGGCCCACCUGGGAGCUGCGCUUUGUCGGCUUCUUCGCGCCCUCCGCCGCACCCCCCGCCGGCCAAUCUGCCGCGCCCUCCGCAACCCCCGCCGACGGAGACGGGCUGCCGCCGCUGCCAUUCCUCGCGUCCGCGUCGCCGUCGCCGCCUUUCGUGCCGUCAGUCCCGCCGAUGCCGUCGCUGCCGAUCAACGUGCCGCUGCCGUCGUAUCAACGCCCGUCGCCCAUCGCGGAGGGCAGCGAGUGCUCCGAAAGUCUCCCGCCCGACGAUUCCUACCUAUCGUCGUCCGCCACGUCAGCGGCCCCGUCUGGUGCGGUGUUCGGAUCCGUGUCUGACGUCAGCGGGCCAAUCUUAUCUGUUUCUUCCGCUGCUGUCGCUCGCGCGGGUGCGGCGGCGGCGCAGCAGGAAGCGGCGGAUGGCGCUAAACCCAGGGGAGGGGAGCAGGCCGGCGCGGGCGCACAAGGGCGGGGGGCGGCCUCCGUGGGUGGAGGGGCGGUCGGAGCGGUGGGGGGGGCAGUGGGCGCGGGGAGGUCACCAGCGAACAGCAGCAGCAGCGCGGGGGGAAGUCCACGUAGCGCGGGGAGUCUUGGCGUGCGGGGCGCCACCAAAACCGCCUCUGCUGUGGUGCCCGCGUCCCUGCCCACGGUGAUGGACGGGAGGGCGGGAGGCAAGAAGCCGACGUCGAAGGAGGAGAGGCGCGCCCUGCAGGAGGCUCAGCGCGCCGCUAAGGCUGCUGCUGGUGGUGGUGCUGGUGGCGGCGGUGGUAAAGUGGAUUCGUCGCUGCGCGUGGAUCUGUUCCGGCACCUGCCGCAGUUUGACCGGGCGGCACAGAUCGCUCUGGUGGAGGCGCGCCUGCUGGACGAGGAGGACAGCCCGCUCUCCGUGCACCCCGCUGUCUAUGAGGUGGGGAUGCGGUUCCUACAGCAGGAGCAGCGCCUGCAGGGCGGCAACGAGCGGUGCCUGGCCAUGCUGCACGCCCUCCGCCGCCUAUUCCUCGACCACCGCGUGCCCGACGCCCGCCCGCCCAUCCGCGACCUCACAGCGCGCCUCAACGCGCACGUCGCCUUCCUCAUCGCCUGCCGCCCGCUCUCCGUGGGCAUGGGCAACGCGGUGCGCGCGCUGAAGCAGUGCCUCACGCGCAUGGGCGCCGACCCCGGCGUGCAGGAGGGGGCGGCGCGGGCGGCGGUGGUGGCGGAGAUCGAUCGGUUUGUGGCGGAGAAGCUGGUGUUCGCGGGGCAGGAGGUGGUGCGCCACGCUGCUGGGAAGAUCCGCAGGGAGGGCGAUGUCAUUCUCACCUUUGGAUGGUCUGAACUCGUGCUGGAGGUGCUGCUGUCGGCAGCGCGGGCAGGGCACAGGUUCAGAGCCAUUGUGGUGGACUCGCGGCCGCACCUGGAGGGCAAGGAGAUGGUGCGCCGCCUGCUCGCGGGCGGCAUCUCUUGUCUCUAUCUGCGGCUCAACGCGGCAUCGUACAUCAUGAAGGAUGUGACACGUGUGUUCCUGGGGGCGGCAGCAGUACUAGCGAACGGAGCAGCGUAUGCGAGGGUGGGGACGGCAGCGGUGGCGAUGAUGGCGCAUGCACAGCGUGUGCCGGUGCUGGUGUGCUGCGAGUCCAGCAAGUUCCAUGAGCGCGUGCAACUCGACUCCAUCACCCACAACGAGAUCGGCGAUCCAGAAGUGCUCAUCAGCAUCAGCACGGGCGUGUCACCGCUCUCUCCAACCUCACCGCUGCCAUCGGACGCAUCAGAUGCAUCAGAGGCCGCGGACGCGCCACCGCUGCAGCACUGGCAGACCACGCCCAACCUGCGCCCCCUCAACAUCCAGUUUGAUCUCACACCAGCAGACUACAUCACGGGCAUUGUCACUGAGAUUGGCGUGGUGCCCACAUCCAGCGUCCCUGUCAUCCUGCGAGACACCAGCUUUUCGUCGCCUCCGAGUAACCUGGGAUCUAAUCGCUCUAAAAUAACGUCGCUCAUGGCGUCGCUGUUGUCGUACGGAGCCGGCAUCUUAGCCGGCGACAUCGGCGCGAAUCUCGAGGCGACGCUGGGUGUGCCGGGCCCUCUGGCCGGCUGGAGCCACGUCAACCUGCCGGCGGAAGGCGACGACGAGCCUCGUCCCGCGGAGGGGGAUUUUCUCAGCCUCGUCACGCGCGAGGACGAUGACGUGGACGGUGCUGACGCGGACAUGCUCGACGGAGACGGCGUGUCGCGCAGGCCAGUUCGGCAACUUCUAGGAGUCGAUUCUCCGUCCGGGAGUCCCGGAAGCGCGUCGGUCCAUCUCCCGCAGACCGUCCUCCAGGUCAUUGCCACGUCACUAGAAGCUGACGUGGUCGUCAUGGCGGUGCUCUUGCCUCCGCCAGGCCCCACAGUCGCGGAUAUGGCGCAGGCGGCGGACGAAGCCGCGGCUGCUGCAGGCGCUCCCCCCGCCCCUGCGCCUCUCUUCCCCGGCGCUGCUUUCUCCCCCGUUGCGCCCGGCUUCGGCGCGCACUCCCUUGGCGCUGACGCCAGCGCGGACAGGUCCGGGGAGUUUCGCGCAUGCACCAGUAGCGGAGGGGAUGCUAGCGGGUACGGGGAAAGCGGAGGGUUCUGCAGCCGCGAGGGCACGGGGAGGAGCAGCGGAGCGGGAUUCCGCGACGGCGGAAGAGGCGGGGAAGAGGGCGCAGGGAGAUGCGACAGCCGAGAGGAGGGAGGCGGAAGGGGAGGGGGGAGGGGGAGCGGGAGGGGGAGCGGGGGGGAAAAGGAGGUGGUGCGGGUGGCGGAGUCCAUCCUAUCGACGCCCAAGGGGGUCGUGCCGGAGAUGGUUCCCUUCUGCAGGCGAAUGAUGAAGGCGUGCAAGCGACACAAGGUGGUGAGCACGGCGGGGCUGCACCUGCCAGCGAUCAUCGAGGAUGUGCUGGGAUGCCGUCCCCGCCGCUUCAUGGGCCGAUUCGUACGCCUGCACAGCUACCACGGGGUGCUGUACGCGCUGUGGAGCGACCCCACCAAGGUGCCGGCGACAGUGGAGGAGGUGAUGGGGCGGGCGGCGCACACGAUGCCGCUGCUCAUGGCCAACCGCAUCUCUGCCCGCCAGUCAGCACGCCUGGGGCAGCAGUUUGACGCCAUCCUCAAGCGCAUGCCGCAAGCUGUGGUGUUUGUUGACGAUGAGCUCGCACAGGUGGUGGUGAACCCAGCAGCGGCCGACCUGCUGGAUCUGCCGUGCUUCGGGGAGGUGGACCCCGUGAAGGUCGCAACUGCCAUGCGCCAGCUGGCCGAGAGGAGCGGUAACCGCCCCGACCUGCACAGGUGGUUCAGCAUGGUAGCGGGGGCAGUAGAGACGGAGAUAGAGGAGGAGUGGGAGCUGCGGGAUCCGCCCAUGGUGCUGCGAGUGCAUUCGUACCCCGUGGCAGCGCACACCACCUCGGCGCACGGCCGCCUGUGGCUCUUUGAGGACGUCACUGCCGACCGCCGCGCCCGCCAGGCCAUUGCCGCUGCCAACCGCGCCAAGUCACAGUUCCUCGCCACCAUGAGCCAUGAGCUGCGCACUCCCAUGACUGGCGUGCUGGGCAUGUUGGAUCUGCUGCGGCUGACGGAGAUGAGUGAGGAGCAGCAUGGGGUGCUCAAGCUCAUGCAGGCGUCAGCGGAUGGGCUCAUGACGGUGCUCAACAACAUCCUCGACUUCUGCAAGAUGGAGGCGGGCAGGCUGCUGCUCGAAUCUAUUGACUUUAGCAUCGCCGCCCUGCUGGACCAGGUGGUGGUGCUGUUCGAGCAAGCAGUGCACGACAAGGGCAUGAGUCUGGUCAUCCACCCACCGCCCCCCGACGCUCUCUAUGUCUGUGGCGACCCCGUGCGCGUCAAGCAGGUGGUGGCGAAUCUGGUGAGCAACGCGGUGAAGUUCUCCAAGCGCGGAACCAUCACCGUCUCCUGGCGCAUUUCACACUCUCACUCGCUUGCUGCGUCGCUGUCUGUUCGGGCAGACGAUAGCACUGUUGCUGCAGACACACCAGAGACUGCGGAGGCAGCAGAGGCAGGAGGGGCAGGAGGGGCAGCAGCGACUGCAGCGGCAGCAGGGGCAGUAGAGGCUGGGGGGGCAUCGGGGGCAGCAGGGGCGCUGAUCUCCCCUGGCAGCACCAGUGGCCUCUCCUCCCUGUCCGCGCCCUACCUGGCCAGCUUUGAGUCAGCGUCAGCAGCAGGUAGUGUCCUGCCAAGAGGGCCUUCUGCUGCUCCUGCUGCGGCUGCUGCUGCGGCUGCUGCUGCUGCUGGGGGCGCUACAGGUGGAGCGCUGUUCUCUGCUAAUGCUGCUGGCAGUGCGGCUGGAGGGCGCUUGACAACUGGUCAGGAGACGAAGGGGCCUGCAGGCUCGGCGAUGGAUGCAGGCUUGGGGAUGGGUGCAGGAUCGGCGCGGAGCCUGAGUAAGGGGGGGAGCUUGGGGCAGAGUGCGAGUUGGGGCAGUGGAAGCGGGGCGGGAGGGCGGAUGGAGUGGAUGGGUGAGUGCGAUGGGGGAGCGUUGAGCACGCGGGGAAUGGGAGGGGGAGGCACGGGGGAAGUUGGAGCAGGAGUGGGACAGGGAGAAGAUGCAGGAGUGAUUGAGUCAGCUGCUGAUGUGGCGAUGCUGCUGGGUGAACCUUUCAUGCCAGUAUCUGGGCCGCUGGGACCCUCUGGGGGCAGCAGCGUGUCUGCUGACGUGGCGGACGUUGUCGUGUUGGAUGACGGCCCAGGCUCUGACGUGGCAGCUGACGUGGAGAUGCUGUGUGGGGAUAUACUCCCUGCACCUGCUACAGCUGCAGCCACCACCACUCCUGCUACAGCCGCCGCUGCUACAGCAGCAGCACCUGCCCCCACCGCCUGCCUGACCUCCAGCGCGUUUGCAGUCCCUCCCACACCCACCCCAGUCUCCCCGUCCCCCACCCCGGCUCUGCGUGUGGUGUGGCAAGGGGGGCGGGCGGCGGGGGAGGAGGACGUGGGGAGGGUGAGUGUGCGGGCGAGUUCAGAGGCGCAGCAGUGGCUGCGGUCGCUGCAGCAACCAGUGGGUCGCCUGCACGGCUUUGAGGACGUGACUGAAACGGAUAGUAUUGUACAGGAUGGGUCUGUCCUUGUGGGCACGGGCAUGCGUGAGGGGCUGGGAGGAAGGGCGGGGGGCGCUGCUUUACUGCGGGGCGGGUCGGGGGACGUGAUUGUUGGGCGGAGGAGUGGGGCGCGAAGGGAGGGGGGAGGGGGGAUGGUGAGGAGGCGCAGUACAGGGCGGGCAGGGGCGGUGGAGGUGGUGGGGCGGAUGGGGAGGGGCGUGCAGCAGCGGGAGCGGGCGCUCAGGAGGCAUGCUUCUGCUGGUAUGGCGGAGGGGGGCAGGCGGGGCAAGGGGGAGGAUGGGGGGAGCGUUGCCUGGGGUGGGGGGAGGAGUGAGGGGGGAAAGCGGGAGGGUGAAGGUUCUAUGGGGGGUGAUUCAAGCAGGAGGGGGCGUGGGGAAGGAGAUGUUGCUCAGGGAGCUUGUAGCGGGGGUGCCAGUAGCGGGGGAGCAGAGACGGUUGUGACUAUAGGGGAGGUGGUGGCUGCUGUGGGUGAUGGGGGGUGUUCUGGCAGUGGAAGGGGAGGCACUGGGGGGAGUGUGGGGGAGAAGGGGGGCAGUGCAAAGGGGAAUGGAGGGGAGGAGGCAGAGGAGGGGAGCGAGGAGGGGGACGGGGAGAGGGGGGAAGAGGGGGAGGAGAUGGAGGAGGAAGGGGAUCAGGAUGGGGAGGAGCAGGGGGUAGUAGCCAAGGAGGGAGAGGAGGAGGGGAAGGAGGGAGAGGGGGAGGGGAAGGGGGGGGUGGGCAAGGAGAGGGAGCGGGUGUGGUACGAGGUGUGUGUGGCGGACGAGGGCGAGGGCAUGGCGGAGGACGAGGUGCAGCAGGUGCUCUUCAUGGCACAGGCCGGCGCUCAGAGAGGGGGCGUGGGCGGCACGGGCUUAGGUUUGGCCAUCAGCCACGGAUUGCUGGCGCUGAUGGGCGGGCGCCUCUGGAUCAAAUCCCAGCCGUCCAAAGGAACCCAGGCCUUCGCCCUCUUCCCCCUCCUCCCCGCCUCCGCCCCCUUCCCCCCUUCCGCCAAGGGUGGCCCCCCUGCCUCCCCCCUUGGGGCAGGCCGGCGCUCCCCCUCCCCUGUCCUGGUUGGGGGGCAGGGGGGGAAGGAGGGAGAGGAGGGGGAUAGGCAAGCGCUCUCUGUGAAAAUGGAGUUGGAGAAUGCCGAAGAGGGUGGAAGGGAGGGGACAAAGGAGGAGAAAAGGGAGGCGGAAGGGGAGGAGGGGUCGGAGGAAGAGGAAGAGGAGGAGGAGGAGUGCAAGAGUCUACGAGUGUUGGUAGCGGAGGACAACAAGGUGAACCAGCUGCUCAUCCGCCGGCUGUUGAAGCACUACGGGCACGACGUCACCGUGGUGGGCAAUGGGCGCCUGGCUGUGGAGGCGGUGCAGAGGGAGAGCUUCGACCUCGUGCUCAUGGACCUCCAAAUGCCCGUGCUCGACGGGCUCACUGCCACGCGCGAAAUCAGGAAGCUUCCGGGAAAAGAGGCACGGGUGCCGGUGUACGCGCUGACAGCGGACGUGUUGGCGCCGGAGAUAGAGGCGGCGGGGAUGGACGGCUUCCUCAGCAAGCCCAUCGCCUGGGACAAGAUGAGCCUCGUUGUGCACUCGCUGCUGCACGCUAAAAACGCCAAGCUCAAGCAGCAGAAGCAGGCUGCUGCUGCUGCUGCCGUUACCGGAGGAGGUGGGGCAGGUGGAGAGGGGGGAGGCGGCGGCAAGUUGCGGGUGCUGGUGGCGGAGGACAACAGAGUGAACCAGAUGCUCAUUCGGAAGAUGCUGCAGCACUACGGGCAUGAGGUGACCCUGGUGCUCAAUGGGCGGCUGGCAGUGGAGGCAGUGCAAGCACAGCCAUUCGACCUUGUUCUCAUGGACAUUCAAAUGCCCAUCAUGGAUGGGUUGACAGCCACACGCGAAAUAAGGAAGCUGCCAGGAAGGGAGGCACGAGUGCCGGUGUACGCGUUAACAGCGGACGUGUUGGCGCCGGAGAUAGAGGCGGCGGGGAUGGACGGCUUCCUCAGCAAGCCCAUCGCCUGGGAUAAGAUGAGCCUCGUUGUGGACACUCUGCUGCGAGCCAAGGCAGGCCAGUCGUGA